AUGUCUCUCGAAACUCCUCUAAAAAUAGGGGUUGCUCCCAGGGGCAAUACAGCUAGAUCAAGUCAUCUCAGUGACAAUAAGAAUAAUACUUCUUCAACUUCCACACCUCUUUCCAAUUCUCACCAUGAUGUUUUGGGUCAUGUCAACGAAGGUGCCCUCACGGCAGCGUGCCAGGAAGAAAUCACGAGGACCUCGACCCUCGGACCUCGGAAGGAAGAAAGACAACAACAGGGAAACCUAUCCCCUGCUGUCGAAGAGUCCGCCGAAUCUAGGCUCGAGCGUUUGGGGAGGCAGAGACCAGAGGCUUUUGACUCGAUCUGGGCCGAAAUCGGGUUUGUCUUCUCCAUAUCCAUGUCACAGGUCCUGUCCGAAUACUUUGUGUCUGGAUUUACUGUCAUUCUGCCCACUCUAGUCACAGACUUGCACAUCCCAGCUGCCUCCUCAACAUGGCCAGCAAGUGCCUUCUCAUUGACCGUUGCGUCUUUCCUCCUGAUCUUUGGGAGGGUAGCUGAUAUGAAAGGAGGCUACCCUGUAUACGUCGCUGGACUUGCCUGGCUUACCCUUUGGAGUUUGAUUGCUGGCUUCUCUGUCAACGAUAUCAUGCUCAACUUCUGUCGUGCGCUUCAGGGGCUCGGCCCGGCUGCAUUCCUGCCCUCCAGUAUCAUGAUCCUCGGAAGUACCUACCGACCUGGUCCGAGGAAGAAUCUUGUUUUUAGUAUAUAUGGCUCUUGUGCCGCAACAGGAUUCUUUAUUGGUAUAUUUUUCGCUGGAGUGGCUGCCGAGUACACUAGAUGGGGAUGGUACUUUUGGAUCGGCACGAUAUUGACAGCCAUUACAGCCUUAACGUCAUAUCUUUGCAUACCUUCCGAUAUCACGGAGAAGCGAAAUGCGCCUAUUCAGCCUAAGAUGGAUUGGCUCGGUGGGGCACUUAUUGUUUGCGGCUUGAUCCUGUUUACAUUCGCGCUGAUCGAUUCCUCGCACGCCCCGCAACAGUGGAAGACGCCUUAUAUCUACGUUCUGUUCAUCGUCGGCUCGUUGUUGCUUCUCUGCGCCGCAUACGUCGAGACAUUCGUCGCCUCCCAACCGCUCCUGCCAGCCUCGCUAUUCAAAGUCCCCCGCAUGCCAGCUCUCAUCUUCGCUCUGCUGCUCACCUACGGAUCCCUAGGUAUCUUCCUCCUGUACACCACCUUCUACAUGGAGAACAUCAUGGGCGCGACUCCUCUCCAGGUAGUAGCCUGGUACGUGCCCAUGGCUCUCGGCGGCUGCAUGAUCGCCACGUUCGGCGGCUUCGUCCUGCACCUCCUCCCCGGAACAGUCCUGAUAACCAUCGCCGGCGUAUCCUGGAUCAUUGCACCCCUACUAUUCGCCAUCGCGCCCCAGGGCGCCAGCUACUGGGCCUACAUAUUCCCCGCCAUGAUCUGCGCCACCGUCGGCAUCGACAUCACGUUCAACGUAGCCAAUAUCUUCAUCACGACUUCGCUUCCGCGGAAACAGCAAGGGCUGGCAGGCGCGGUGAUCAUGCUGCUGCUGCAUCUUGGCAUAGCUGUCUUCCUUGGAUUCGGGGAUAUCGUGAAUACGUAUACGGUGGCGAGACUGGGGGCGCGCGAGAGCUAUCAUGCGGUGUUUUGGUUUGAGGUUGCGUGUGCGGCUGUGGCGUUGACUAUACUGGUGCUUUUUGUGAAGAUUAAGAAGGCGGAGAGCGAGCUGACUGUGGAGGAGAGGGAGGAGAUGGAAGUGAUGGAAGCGAUGGCUGGUAACAAUACGGUGGAGAAAGAGGGUGGGGGGAAUAAGCCUACGGAUGGCAGUGGUAAAGAAGGAAGAGAGGACGCUGAGGCUGGCUUAUGA